AUGGAUAAUGGUAGCAACCAUGAUAGUGAGGAAGUUGAGGGAACAUAUGCAAAUAAAGAUGAAGGUAAUAGCUUAGGUGCUUCAUCCUCAGGACUAAUAAGAAAACGAGGAAAGACUUUAUGUCGGAAAAUUCAUGCACGAGAAUUCAAAGAUAGACAAGAGAUCACCUUGAAUGAAGAAGGACAACCAAUUGGGCCAGAUGAAAAAACAGUGUCUGAACUCAGUAGUUUUUUAGGGACAAUAGGAAGAAGUUCAGAUUUAUGUCCUCUCACUUUCACUAGUUGGAUUGCUUUGGUUAAGUUUUGGGAGCAACACAAUAUAGAUCCUGUGUGGGAUUAUGUCAAUGAAAAAUACAAUGUUCCAAAGGAAGGAAGGAAGGCUGUAUUUGCUAUUAUAAAUGAUGCUUGGAGACGAUACAAAUGUUUUCUUAAAAGGAAUCAUUUUAGUAAGUAUAAAAGCUUGCGUGAGCAGCUAAAAAGUCGUCCACGAGAGGUACCAGAAGAAGAUUUUAGAAAGUUAUUGGAUUAUUGGAGAGAUAAAAAAACUCAAGAAGUCAGUCAUCAAAAUACCGAAAAUAUAGCUCAACUAAAAUGGAGACAUCGAGUGGGGAAUAAAGCCUUUGCUGUUAUAAGAGAAAAAAUGCGUGAAAGUAAUGAAGAUAAAGAACCUCCAACGCAGGCUGAAAUGUUCAUUGUUACUCGACAAAGUAGAAAAGGAAAGGAGUUGGAUCAAGAAACUAACCAUGUAAUAAUAAAGCUUCAAGACUUGAUUGAAAAUCAUGGACAACCUUCUUCAGAAGCUUUUGAAAGUGUAUUUGGCCAACAAAAACCUGGAAGAAUGCGUUUCCAUGGAAGAACCACAACACCGACUCUCUUGAAAAGAAAUGAAGAAAUUGCAAAACUAAAAAAAGAGCAUGCAGAUGAGUUGAAUAUAGAGGCUCUCGCAACUCUGAUAUCAGCUCCUGCAACCGAUGCUAACAGUGUCUUACGUUCUUCUGCAUCAACACAUGCUCCAACUAAUGAUCAAAUCAUGAAUGAUAAUAUCAAUGAAGAUUUUCAGUCAUUCGAUGAUGAAGAGACGUAG